CUCGUGUUCGACUCGGUAUUUUUACCGGAUUUUAUUACUACAUCGGCACUUGUACACUUGCAAGUCUAAGCCAAUCAGUACACUCACUGGCUCACUGCAAAAUUAUGCAAAAAUAGUGCAAGGGAUCUAUUACUACGGCUUAGAUCUCCACGUGGUUCCAAAACGUUUAGCCCAAGCACCACCAGGCCACGAACAACACCACAAAGGUGUAUCAAGGACCAACCAUAGUGCCUUCUCAACGUUCACAAAGAGUAGAAAGGAGUAUGUGGAAGAAGAGGCCACGGAAUCCACACACAGAGUGACAGUGAUGAAGAGGGGAUCACGGCCAGGUGACCGGAAACCACCAGUUCCGGUUAGCAACUAAGGCUCCAACUAAUGCCGGAGCUGCUUAAGUAUCGGCUAGCAAGUAGUGAACCGCAAGGAAAGAUUCUGUAGGAGGCCCGGACAAACAGAUAGGGCCAAGGCUGCUAAGCGGACAGGCCCAAGACCAAGAGAAGGCAAAUGAGUUGCCUUGGACCCAGAUGGGCCAAUACCUCCAGCACAAAGAAAAAGAUGUUUGAGUAGCCCCUCAUUCUCCGUAAAGAAAGCGGUCACAAGAAUAUCUGAAUAUCUAUACCGAACCAUAUAUAUGUGCAAUCCGAGAUAUGAAUUAAUGUAACGAGAGAAUUGGGUGUAUAUACUCUUUAGAAUUUGUUUGUAGUUUUAAAUUAAUAUUAUAUAUUUACAAAAAUAAAAUGCAUAGUCUUUUACGAAGAAUUACCGGCUAUGUAUAUUCAAUAGUAACGUUGAAAUAAAUGGACUUUGGUUCUAUUCUAAUUGAAUUUUUACCAGCAAGUAUGGUUUGUUGUAUUUAUGAAUGCUAACACUUGUUCUGUAUUAAUCUUCAAAGUGUUAUACACUUCAUUAAACAUAAGGAAAUUUCUAUGGUACCUUCUAAAAUUUAGGAGGUACCGGUACCCAAGUUUUUUUAAACCAAUCACAUUACUACAGUAUGCCACGUGGAUAUCGCUCUCAUAUACUCCGUAUCGUCGUAAUCUGGCCGCCGAUCUUCUCAGUUCUCACAUACGGACAUACCGGAGUACUUGGUAAGUUGGUACUCCGUAUCAUAGUACAUACUAGGAUGGCAACGACGCUCAUGGUAUACAACAAUAAUCUUGCUGAGAAGUUCGUCGCUUGACGUACUAGGAAAUUCUCCUUCAACUCAGAGGAGGUCAUGCCCUGCAUCGGCGUCAAACUUAUUUUCCUCCAUCCUGAACAAUUCGUUAAAGGAUGCCUCAAACUCAUCACCUUCUCCGGCCAAGAUAACAUCGUAUAUCUGGCCGGAAUGCUACCAAUAAGGAUUGCCACCAUUAGUGUUCCUCGUAUCUUCUCUGUCGAUUUUGGAGAAGUGAUAGUGUCCAGGAUUCAAAGUAUGAACUGACCCUAAGGCAUACAAAGAGUGGAUGCCAGAAAGUUGGAGAAUUACGGCCAAGGAAGAAGAAGCUGCG